AUGGCGGGAGAAGUGCGCCAGCCCAUAGAUAUCCCCGCGUUGGAGAGAUAUAUUGACCAGAAUGUGCCUGAGGUUAAGACUCCACUAGAUGUGAAGCAGUUUGGCUUCGGUCAAUCGAACCCUACGUAUCUUCUUACUGCCGCAGAUGGCAAACAGGUCGUUCUGCGCAAGAAGCCUCCUGGCAAGCUGCUCUCGAAGACAGCUCACAAGGUCGAGCGAGAGUACAAGAUUAUCCAGGCAUUGGGGAGUACCAAUGUACCCGUUCCGAAAGCGUACAUCCUGUGCGAAGAUGACAGCGUGAUUGGAACCGCAUUCUACAUCAUGGAGUUCCUGGACGGACGGCAUUUCACCGAUCCAGCGAUGCCAGGAGUGAGUGGGGAGGAAAGAACAGCACUCUGGAAGAACGCAGUACAAACGCUCGCGAAGUUCCACAGCGUAGUUCCCAAAACUGUUGGACUCGAAAACUUCGGCAAGCCGACAGGCUUCUUCGACCGCCAAAUCGCCACAUUCAAGACAAUCUCCAAAGCGCAAGCAGCAGUUGUCGACGCCGACACUAAGGAACCCGUCGGUGAACUCCCUCACUUUGAUGACAUGGUGAAAUUCUUCGCUCAAAAGAGCACGCAACCAUUGGACCGGGGCACACUGGUGCACGGUGACUACAAAAUUGACAAUCUGAUCUUCCAUAAGACAGAGCCGCGCGUGAUCGGAAUCCUGGAUUGGGAAAUGGCGACCGUAGGACACCCCCUCUCGGACUUCUGUAACUUGACAAGUCCGUACAUAAUGGACGGGGGUGACAGCCAACUGUCGCAGUUCGCGCCGGGGGUUGUUCCAGGGCUACCAAGGCGCGAGGAAUGCAUUGGUUGGUACGCCGAAACGUCUGGGUACGAAACGAGCUCCGACGUGGCGUGGGGCGAUGCGUUCUUUGCGUUCCGGGGCUCCGUGAUUAUGCAGGGCAUCGCGGCCCGGUUCGCUGGGAGACAGGCUAGUAGUGCUCGAGCUAGUGAGUAUGCGAAGCGGGCGAAACCAUUUGCUGAGGAGGCCUGGGGGAGGGUGCGAGUUGUCAAGAGGGCAUCUGAGGGGAAGUUGUAG